AUGGAAAAUAGUUCAUCACUUAAUGUAACAACUUAUAACAUAACCUUUGAUGGGUUUGUAGACUUGCACAAAUUCAGAUAUCUUUAUUUUGUAUUGACAUUGACAGCGUAUAUUUUAAUAAUCUUCAGUAAUGUCACCAUUGUGUAUCUUAUCUCAACACGCCAGAGUCUCCAUGAGCCAAUGUAUGUUUUCAUUGCAGCUUUGCUUCUGAACUCUGUUUUGUUCAGCACUAAUAUCUUCCCAAAAAUGCUUAUAGACUUUUUGUCUGAUAAACCGGUCAUAUCGUAUUCAGCUUGUCUCUUCCAGUUUUUUUUUAUUUAUUCUUUGGCUGGUUCAGAAUUCUUACUUUUAGCUGCCAUGGCCUACGACAGGUACGUGUCUAUAUGUAAACCUCUGCAAUAUCCAGUUAUCAUGAGAAAAUCUACAGUUACUACUUGUCUGUGUUCAGCUUGGCUUUUGCCUGCUUGCUUUAUUGCAGUUCUGGUAACACUCAGUGCUAAUAUGAGGCUCUGCAAAUUUAAUUUAAAUGGAAUUUUAUGUAAUAAUUCAAUAUACAGUCUUCACUGUGUGAGUUCUGAAACACACUCUAUAUUUGGUGCUGUUGCUCUGAUUAUGUCUGCACUUUUCCCUCUGCUAUUCAUACUUUUUACCUACACCAGAAUACUUAUAAUAUCCUAUCACAGCUCUAAAGAAGUCAGGAGGAAAGCUGGACAGACCUGUGUUCCCCAUCUGUUGGUUUUAAUCAGUUUCUUUUGUUUGUGUGCUUUUGAUGUUAUAAUAGUUCGAGUGGGCUCCAGCUUUCCAAAGGUUGUGCGCUUGACAGUGAUGGUGCAGUCAUUUUUGUAUCAUCCUCUGUUCAAUCCAAUUAUUUAUGGAGUAAAAAUGACGGAAAUUUCUAAACACUUGAAAAACUUCUUCUGUCAAACUAAGGUAAUCUAA